UCUGACCUGUCGCUGUAGCAUUCUGUGAGGCAAGGGGUGAAGGCGAGCAAUGUAAGAGUCAGGCUGAAGGUGUGUCGGGGUAUAAGUAUAUCACACCGAAUUGGAUUCAUUCACUAGAAAAAUACAUCCACCAUGGCAAAAUAAUAUCCCUGUAACACGGAAGAGACGCAAAGUCACUGUCGUGACCGCGAAGUUUUCAGUCAGGAGAAGGCAACAGUUAGCCUGGGAAGCUAGCUACUGUAGCUAACGCGUUACAUAUACUCGCUUUUGCUAGAAACUGACCUCCACAACACGGCGCAUUGGUCUAGUGAUCAAUAAGUUACCCAUUCCUUGUCGUCAGCCCCCCUUGUCUCCUGACCCAAAGUGGUGCCCUGCGUCCGGGUCCUGGGAAUAUGAGACAGAAUGAGUCAGAGAGAUACCCUAGUUCAUCUGUUUGCUGGAGGGUGUGGGGGAACGGUAGGAGCCAUCCUGACCUGUCCCCUGGAGGUGGUGAAGACCAGACUACAGUCAUCCCACAUCACACUCUACGUGUCUGGGGUGCAGCUCAGUACCGUCAAUGGGCCCAGCGUAGCACGCAUGUCCCCUCCAGGACCCCUGCACUGCCUCAAGUUGAUUCUUGAGAAAGAAGGAGCCCGCUCUCUGUUCAGGGGCCUGGGGCCUAAUCUAGUGGGUGUGGCCCCCUCCAGAGCCAUCUAUUUUGCUGCGUACUCCAGUGCCAAAGAGAGACUGAAUGGAGUGUUUCAGCCGGACUCCACACAGGUCCACAUGGUAUCUGCUGGCUUGGCAGGGUUCACAGCCAUCACAGCUACCAACCCGAUCUGGCUCAUCAAGACUCGCAUGCAGCUGGACUCCAGGAACCGCGGGGAGAAGCCCAUGAAUGCGUUUGAGUGUUUGCGGCGGGUGUACCAGACAGAAGGCCUGCGAGGGUUCUACCGAGGAAUGUCAGCGUCCUACGCUGGAAUCUCAGAGACUGUGAUACACUUUGUCAUCUAUGAGAGCAUCAAGCGGCGCAUCCUGGAGGCCAAGGCAGCGCAGCACAUGGACGAGGAGGAGGAGGCGUCCAAGGACGCCUCGGACUUUGUGGGGAUGAUGCUCGCCGCCGCCACCUCCAAGACCUGUGCUACGUCCAUCGCUUACCCCCAUGAAGUGAUCCGGACCCGGCUACGGGAGGAAGGCACCAAGUACCGUUCCUUCUUCCAGACUCUGACCACGGUUCCCAAGGAAGAGGGCUACCGGGCGCUGUACCGCGGCCUCACCACCCACCUUGUGCGCCAGAUCCCUAACACCGCCAUCAUGAUGUGUACCUACGAGCUAGUGGUCUACAUGCUGAAUGGUUAACCUCUGACCCUUGACCCAAGAUGAAAUCCCAGAGAGAGAUGGGCCGACGUGGACGGAUGGCAUAAAGAGACCCCAGAGAAAUUAAACAGGAGAGGGACCAGGGACUGUCAUCUCUCCCACCUCCAGUCCCUCAAUCCUGUCUUUCUAAAACUAAAGCAAAUUGUCCCAAAAGCACCUGUUUUUUUUGGGAUGGGGAGUUGGGUUGUUUUCAGGGGUGCACGACACAGGAAGAGGGGUUGGUAGACAGGAAAUCAAUGUUUGUUUUGGGGAUAUGGUUUAAAGUUGUUUAAAAAGAAGCUGUCUCAUUGAAAAUUAGUCCUUCGGAGCCCUUUCUCUCGCUCUCUCUCGUUUUCUUGCCCUCUCUUCUUGUCUCUCCUAAAUAAGCGCAUAGCUUACUGGAGCAGGUACAUUGGGGAGAGCACUCAAGCUAGUUUAGAGUCUAACAAUGCUAAUAAUUUUUCUGGUUUGUGUGUCAAGAGGGCAAUUGGUAGUAGAGGCUUGUUGAGUGCAGGGAGGUCUUGAGGUGAGGAUAGUGUUGGAGUGAGGUGGAUAGGGGAUGUGCCUUGCAGGACGACUUCAACUGACCUGUACAGAUGCAUAAUAAUGAUAUGUGGGGAAGCAAAGUUCAGACCAGCCCUUGUUUCUGGAUCUCAGUAGACCACAGUUGGACCGCAGGCAUUCAGAACCACACACAGUGCUGGUCGGGUCCACUUUGUACUCAGGACGAAGCCUGGUCCCCUCCACCCCAGUUGGACCGCAGGCAUUCAGAACCACACACAGUGCUGGUCGGGUCCACUUUGUACUCAGGACGAAGCCUGGUCCCCUCCACCCCAGUUGGACCGUAGGCAUUCAGAACCACACACAGUGCUGGUUGGGUCCACUUUGUACUCAGGGCGAAGCCUGGUCCUCUCCACCCCAUUUGGUCAACAUGCACAGGGGCUAGUCCACUCUGACAGGCCUAACCUAACCUAGGAGACUGGCUUGCCCUGACUGACAUCCUGACUAACACUAGACAUUGAUACUGGAAGAAACAUGCAGAAGUCUUUACUGUACGGCCUGGUCAGUGUGGACAGCACUUUGGGCUCUUUCUGUGUGCAUUCUGUAAAGUGAGUUGGGUGACCGUAAGUACCUCUGACCCACUCCCUCAGCACCCAGACUGACCAGAAUCAUCCGCCCUUUUUACCUACUUGAAUGUUAACCAACUCAAGGAAUAACAAACUAAAGACGAUGGGAGCAUUGUCUCGCGUCAGAAGCCAUCGCGCUAUCUGAAGUGAGACUCUGCUAUGAUAGUGAAACAACCACCAAUCUUGUGAAUAUAUUAAGAACGAAAAAAUAUUAACAGAAAAUCAAUAACUUAACAAGACAAUUUUAUACACUGAACAAAAAUAUAAACGCUACAAUUUUACGGAGUUUACAGUUCGUAUAAGGAAAUCAGUCAAUUGAAAUAAAUAAAUGAGGCCCUAAAUCUAUGGAUUCCACAUGACUGGGCAGAGGGCGCAGCCAAUCCGAAUGAGUUAUUCUCCAAAAAAGGGCAUUAUUACAGACAGAAAUACCCCUCCGUUUCAUCAGCUGUCCAGGUGGCUGGUCUCAGGCGAUCCCGCAGGUGAAGAAGCCUGAUGUGGAGGUCCUGGGCUGGUGUGGUUACACGUGGUCUACGGAUGUUAGGCUGGUUGGAUGCACUGCCAAAUUCUCUAAAACGACGGAGGCGGCUUAUGUUAGAGAAAUUAACAUUCAAUUCUCUGAACACCUCUAAUGGACAUCCUUGCAGUCAGUGUGCUAAUUGCACACUCUCUUAACGUGAGACAUCUGUGGCAUUGUGUUGUGGGAUUAUCUUGGCAAAUUAGAAAUGCUCACUAACAGGGAUGUGAACAAAUUUGAGAGAAAUAAGCUUUUUGUGCAUAUGGAACAUUUCUGGGAUCUUUUAUUUCAGCUCAUGAAACCAACACUUUACAUAUUGGGUUUAUAUCUUUGUUCAGUAUAAUAAUGAUUAAAUGGUAUAUAUUAAUGUCUUCAUAAGAUGUAACAUUGUUGAAUUUUUCUGCCCAGUCAUGGGAGCGUAAACUAUAUGUUUUGGGGGAAAUUCAGGGUGAACCUCUGAACCCCCAAGGUUUCCUCCCCCAAGGUUUCCUCUCCCCCUUAGACAAAUGUGUGAUUCUUUAUGCACUUUUCUGUAGACCUGCUCUGACCUACAAUUGCAUCUCUUAUUUCUCUGCCUCAGCAUCCAAGCAAGUGUUACAGAUGAGACAAUCCUCUGUCCAGUGUUCACUUUGGAGGUGUGUUGUUGUACAGUUUAGUCUGCGUGUGAGAAUAGAUGGGAUACUCGAGUGUACGUGAUGCUACACGCUACGGAGACCCUAUGUUUCUAUCUCUAUACUUUAUGCAGUAUAUGUGUAGUUAGAAGAAAAAAGACUGCGUUUCAAACCCGAUUUUCUCAAAUGUUUCAUUUUGAAACGUCUUUUUCUGGUUUGUUUUGUUUGAUUUCUAAUCGGACUGUUUUUCGAUGGAAAACAAAAAGAUGCUCUCUACCUACUUCGCCUCCAUUUUAUUUAGCUGUUAUUUUGUUUGAGUUCUGUUUCAAAAUGACGAUGUUCAUCUCCUUGUCUACCUGUUGUUUAUAUUCAGCUGUGUGUAACCAUAGAUGCCCUCACCUACUGACCUUUCCCCGCUCACAUGAUACGAGCACAAAGAGCCUUUCCAGCACAUGGAAGCUUCACUGCAGCCAUUCACUCAAAUAUCCACAGGUCACACUAAUGCUAGAAAUAAGAAUUAGGUUUAUAACAGUUCCUUAACAGAAAAUGACUGUAUUGCUACUCAAUAUUCACUCUGGAACCCAGAACAUUAAGACUGUAAUGACUGGAGCUGUAUUAAUAUCUAGAUAAAAGAAAACCAGCUACAGUUUGAGAUGUGUGCAUUGUUCAAAUGCACCUCUUCACUCUCCAUGCUAAGUCGCUCUGGAUAAGAGCGUCUGCUAAAUGACUUAAAUGUAAACAGAUCUGGGUGACAUGGCUGAGACAAUCAUGAAGGCUGUAGAAGCAACUAACAACCCCACUAAAACAACUAAGGCUGUAUGUAGUAAGCACAUUCUAAAGAGGGUCAACGGUGAAGUCCGCUUGUGUUCCGCAAACAAAACAACCUGUACCUCCUGAGUGACUACACCAGGGGUUUCAGAGCUCCCUCCUCAGGGACCACUGGACGUUUCACAUAUUUGUUGUAGCCCUAAACUGGCACACCUGAUUCAAUUAGUCAACUAUCACCAAUUGAGUUGUGCCAAUUCGGGGCACCAACAAAUCUGGUGGUCCCUGAGGAGAGGUUUGGGAAGUAUUACUCUACACCAGGGAUGGGCAACUUUGAUGGGGGUGGGGGCCACUAAAUCUGAACUCAUCAUGAGGGGCCACAUUUGCUCACAGGUCUGUGUACCUACAUCCAUAAAAAAAAAUCAUAUUAAAACACUUAUUGGACACAGUGAGUCCAUGCAACUUAUGUGACUUGUUAAGCAAAAUUGGAUGAAUGCAGGGUAGUAACGUCAUGAGUUGGGAUUAUGGUUCUUUGUUUACCUAGCUAGCUACAUGUCUUAACAAAAGACUCCACUAUGCAAGUAACCAUUUCGGGUGCGUUCGUAAAUUCAGUCUGGCCAUCUACUCUGAUUUCAGAGCACUAAUCUGAAUUGUGCCAGACUGCAGAAUAACUGAUGAAUUAACGAACGCUCAACACCCGUUGAAUAUGGUUUGUGUCUGUAAAAGUCUGCAAAAAAGCAUAAUGAAAUUGUUGCCAGCAGCACAGUUAGUUACCAAUGCUCUGGAUAACAUGAAAACAGUCUAACCAGCUCUGCUAGGGUGAGUAAAAUGGUCAGAGUGGGGUGUUCUCAUGGUUGUCUAGAAGUAGCUAGCCAACUUUAGCUUGGGUGCUUGACUGCCGUUGAAUGUUCGGAUCAACCCUACUCCUCGGGCCGGGGCGGGGCGUCCAGUGUACGCUCCGAGUGCGAAACGCUCUGAAUUUAUGAAUGGGACAGUUGCACAGUAUCUGGCAGCACAGUUGCAGUCACUAACGCUCUGGAUAACAUAACAGCCCAACCAGCUCUGCUAGGGUGAGUAAUGAUCAGUGAGCUAUUCUCUCAUUUGUGUCUGGAAGUAGCUAGCAAGUCAGCUUGGGUGCUUGACUGCUGUUAGUACAGAAUGCUCAGAUCAACCCUUAAAGAUGGGUGGGGCUAAAGCUUAAGAGGGUGUGAACGAUGCUGAAUGGGUGCAGACAGACUAACCCUAACCCUUCACUAGAUACCAAAACAUUCAAAGGCCAUUUUCUCAAAAGUGAGUUAACAAGUUUAUCAACUUCCAAAGCAAAAUUACUUCCCCAUUGUUCCUCAACUGUAGUGUAUGAUAUAUAAUUUUGUAGCUCUGAGUCUACUUUUAUCCAAUGUAAAAAAAAAAACACUUUCAAAUUUUGCUACAUAAGACCGAUUUGAGCCAGUCGGUCACAAAUGUUCACUCCUAGACUUGCCAUAACAAAGGGGUUGAAUAGUAUUGACUUAAGACAUUUCAGCUUUUAAUUUUGUAUUAAUUUGUAAGCAUUUCUAAAAACAAUUCCGCUUUCACAUUAUGGGGUAUUGUGUUUAGGCCAGUGACACAUCUCAAUUGAAUCCAUUUGAAAUGGGGCUGUGAAACAGGGGAGGGAAUACCUUCAGAAGGCGCUGUAACUUCCUGCAAUUCUACACAUUUUGACAGAGUUGUGAGAAAUGUUUGGAGUUUAUAAUACAUCUGAGGAGGACUGACCAACAAAUUCUCUGGGGGUCACCCGGCCAGUAAUUCUACCAUAAUUACUAAGUAUAGCUGGCCGCUAGACUAAUUUACCAAUCUAAUCAUUUUUUUGCUGACAUCAGUGGUGGAAAAAGUACCCAAUUGCCAUACUGAGUAAAGAUACCUUAAUAGAAAAUGACUCAAGUAAAAUACUACUAGAGUAAAAGUCAAAGUAUUUGGUUUUAAAUAUGCUUUAGUAUCAAAAGUAAAAUAAAUAUUUUCACAUUCCUUAUAUUAAGCAACCUAGACAGCACACUUUUUUUAUUCAUGGAUUUUAUUUCAUUAUUAUUUAACUAGGAAAGUCAGUUAAAAACCAAUUCUUAUUUAGAAUGACAGCCUACCCCGGACAACGCUGGGCCAAUUGUGCGCCGCCCAAUGGGACUCCCAAUCACGGCCGGAUGUGAUACAGCCUGGAUAGCCAGGGGCACACUCCAACACUGACAUUUAGUGAGUCUCAGAUCAGAGGCAGUUGGGAUAUUCUCUUUUAUAACUGUUUGAAUUAGACCAUUUCUGUACUAUGUAUUGAACAUGUAACAAGUACUUUUAGGAGUCAGGGAAAAUGGAGUAAAAAGUCAAUGAUCUUCUUUAGGAAUGUAGUGGGGGAAAAGUUGGGGGAAAAAAUAGAAAUAGUACAGAUACUCAAAGUACUUUACCCCACUGUCUGACAUGGCCUAAUUGAGUGACUGUCAGUGACUGACAUGAGAAAAACUGCUGAUGCACAACAUUUUGAAAUUGUACAAAUUGAAACUGUCAACAGUAAGUUGAGACCCAGAGUGAGUUUCCACAAUAAUAUAUUCAGGAGCUCAAAGUAUUGGGACAGUGACAAUUUGUUGUUUUGGCGCUGUAGUUUGAAAUUAUGCAAUGGUUGAGGUUAAAGUGCAGACUGCCGGCUUUAAUUUGAGGAUAUUUUCAUCCAUAAUCGGGUGAAAAGUUUAGAAAUUACAGCACUUUGUACAUAGUCCUUCCAUUUUAGGGGACCAAAAGUAUUGGGACCAAUUCACUUGUGUAUUAAAGUAGUAAACAUUUUA